GGUGUAUGAAUCAGGAUUAUCAGUAGGAGUUUGUCCUGAGAAAUUCCGGUAACCAGUCUUCCUGAGAGCAUUAGAGGAGCGGAAGGGUGCAUUCACGAUGGCUGCAGAGUUGGAUUUUUCCCCGCCUGAAAUCCCUGAGCCCACGUUCAUGGAGAACGUGCUACGCUACGGACUCUUCAUUGGAGCCAUUUUCCAGCUUAUCUGUGUGCUAGCCAUAAUCCUGCCAGUUUCAAAGUCCCAUAAGACAGACUCGGACAGUUUUGAGCCCAAGAAUUCAGAGACAGUGAAGAAGCCAAAGGCAACUGCUCCACAGAUAAGCAAGAAACCCAAGAAGGAAACCAAAAAGAAACGAUAAAGCCAUGACCGAUGAGCCUCAAAAGACAAAAUAAUCAGCUAUAAUCAUGCUUCCUCAGAGAUGACAUCAAAGACAACUAACUAUAUUACAUGGUUCUCUGGCAUUGCCAUGCUUUACCUUUCAGGGACAAGGGAGAAGGAACUUAUAAGAGUGGAAGGGGCAGGGUUCUGCCAUAGAUUUCUUACAAGCAAAGAGGACUUCACAUGUCCAGGACUUCAUUUGAUACGAUUAAUGCGUCAGUCACCAUUAAAGUGACUUCUGUCAUUUCUGAUGGGUAGAGAGGCCUGUUGUCCUAGCUCCUCCAUGCUGGCUAGGAUUUGUGGUAAAGUCCCUGUGGAAGGUGGAGCAUGGGUUUGCUACUUUGGAUACCGGUUUGUGUUGUAUUUUUUGAAGGCAGAGGGAUCAAAUGGAUCAAGGAUACCACACUACACAGCUUUGUAUUCAUCUCUGUUGUCAUCUAGUCUGAAAUACAUAGCUGCAUUUUAUGGCUUAAU